AUGAAUCGCGGCGGCGUCGACGAUAACACGGGGGACGGAUCGACUUCCGCAAAUCUCGACAACGACGCCCCGCCCCUACUAGAACGAUUCGCCGCGGUCGCGCGCGAUGUCUUAUACGUGCACAUCCUCCCGCGGCUCGACAGCGGCGACCUCGCGGUGCUCGCGACGGUGAACCGAAAGAUGCGCGACGUCGUCUUCGAAUCGCCCGUCGAGCAUGACGUGAGGGACGUCGCGGCGGUGAGGAGAGAGCUCGCGAGGGUUCCUAACUUCGUCGGAUCGAUCGGCAGGCUGACGUGGGCGAAGGAUCAGCGAGGGUGUCCGUGGGACGCGAGGACGUUCACGUGCAUCGCGAGGGGUGGGAACGUGGAGGUCGCGAGGUGGGCGAAGGAGCGAGGGUGCCCGUGGAACGGGGGGACUUGCGCCUUUGCCGCGGAAGGCGGCCACCUGGAGAUGCUGCAGUGGUUGCGAGCGAACGGCGCGCCGUGGGAGGAGAGCACUUGCGCCUUUGCAGCGGGUGGCGGCCACCUGGAGGUGCUGCAGUGGGCGCGAGCGAACGGGGCUCCGUGGAACGAGCGGACUUGCGCCAACGCCGCGAAAGGCGGCCACCUGGAGGUGUUGCAGUGGGCGCGCGCGAACGGCGCUCCGUGGUACGAGUGGACUUGCACCUAUGCUGCGCGUGGCGGCCACCUCGAGGUGCUGCAGUGGGCGCGAGCGAACGGAUGUCCGUGGCACGAGACGACUUGCGCCUGGGCCGCGUGUGGCGGCCACCUGGAGGUGUUGCAGUGGGCGCGAGCGAACGGAUGUCCGUGGCACGAGACGACUUGCGCCUGGGCCGCGUGUGGCGGCCACCUGGAGGUGCUGCAGUGGGCGCGAGCGAACGGAUGUCCGUGGGACUCGUUCACUUGCACCGGUGCCGCGAAAGGCGGCCACGUGGAGGUGCUGCAGUGGGCGGUCGCGAACGGAUGUCCGUGGGACAGCUGGCAAACUUGCGCCAACGCCGCGAAAGGCGGCCACCUGGAGGUGUUGCAGUGGGCGCGCGCGAACGGCGCUCCGUGGGACAACGAGGGGACUUGCGCCAACGCCGCGAAAGGCGGCCACCUGGAGGUGCUCCAGUGGGCGCGCGCGAACGGCGCUCCGUGGCACGAGACGACUUGCACCUAUGCCGCGAUAUACGGCCACCUGGAGGUGCUGCAGUGGGCGCGCGCGAACGGCGCUCCGUUACACAACGGGGGGAUUUGCGUCCAUGCCGCGAGUGGCGGCCACCUGGAGGUGCUGCAGUGGGCGCGCGCGAACGGCGUUCCGUAG